AUGGCCACCGAAGAAGCUGUAGCGGUAGUUGAGGCACCUCCGGCCGUCGUGGAAGCUGAGCCGGCGGCGGUUGUUCAACCGGCGGAGAAUGCAGGAAAGGUCAAGACGGUUAAGGAGCCUAAACCUAAGAAGGCCAGAAACCCUCCUACUCAUCCUCCUUAUCUUGAGAUGAUUACCGAAGCGAUUGUAUCGCUUAAGGAGAAGAAUGGAUCGAGUCAGUACGCGAUCACGAAGUUCAUUGAGGAGAAGCAGAAACAGCUUCCUCCUAAUUUCAAGAAAUUGUUGUUGGUUCAGCUGAAGAAACUUGUUUCGACUUCCAAAUUGGUGAAAGUGAAAGCUUCUUUCAAGCUUCCUGCUCAGUCGAAGGUGGCGAAGUCUGCCGCCGCUGCUCCUGCCAAUAAGAAACCGGCACCGGCACCGGCGAAGGCUAAGAAGACUGUGAAACCGGAUGUCAUGACACCUUUUAACACAAAACGCUUUAUGUUAAAAUAG